AAGAUGGAGGAGUACAAUGAGUUGGAAGGAUUAUUACCAAUAUGGCCUUCAUCAACUAAUUCAUUUCUCAAACAAAAUGAGUUACCAUCGGUGGCCGAUCCAAAAAAACUUAAACGAAUCAUAUCCAAUCGAGUUUCUGCCCAGAAAUCAAGAAUGAAGAAGCUUCAUUAUGUGAGUGAAAUGGAAGCAAAAGUAAAAGCUUUAGAGGCUGAAAUAGCAGUUCUCCAACCCCAAGUGCUCAUGUUUACAACUCAACAACAGCUUUUACAAAUGGAGCAAAAAUCACUUCAUCACCAACUCUCUGCUCGUACCAACACCAAGCUCCUCAAAGAUGCUGAAAUUGAAGAAAAUAAAGCGCAACUCAACACACUGAGGGAACUCCAUUUAUCGCAACAUCAACAAUUUUCAUGGAGUCAACCACAAUUUUCUAUGAAUUCAAAUUUAUGUAUCAAUGAAACUACUGCUCACCAUCUGUGAUCUUCUCAUUCUUUUUUCUUUUUAUUAUCUAUAUUCAAUUCUUUAAAUGCAUUUCUUUUCUUCAAUUCAAGAGAAACUGUUGACAUCGGCCCAAAAACAUGGCUAUCAAAGUGAUGGGCUGCCAAGGAAGAGAGCAUAAUGGGCUGUAAUGAGAUUGGGCCCAUAUUAGCUAUUUUUUAUUGCCUUUUUAUUUUCAGCUGAGUUAGACUUUUAGUCUUAUCAGGUUAGGGUUUAAUUAAGUGUUUUAGUUUUAAUUCG